AUGUCUCUCAAGCUUGGUGAGUUUCAUCACUCUUCAUGUCUCGAAAACCAAAAUACUGAACCUGCCAAGCGCUCAGUGCCGUCGACGAAAAACCAAGUUCCUUUCGUUGACGAAGAUAAGUGUGACGGUGCAUCUCCUUGCUCGCCAUGUCUGUCAUAUGGCCGAGGCUGUGAUAGGGAAGGUAUCGAUAUGCGUCGUCGAAUGGGGAAAUAUCCUGCAGCUUCCGUGCGCGAAUCUCUGGAAUUCCUUCAAGGGAACGAAGCACAGGACAGCUCUAGCCCGUCACCAAAUGAUCUAUCUCUUCGUCUAGCGCGAUUAGAGAGGCUGAUGCACAUGGUGGCCUCAAGGUCAAUAUCAGACGCAGAAUCGCGUGUCGUUUGCGACUCCAAUGAAAAUGAAAACGAAAACGAAGCUGCAAUUGUUACUGGAUGCCAGGUCAAAAAGUCGAUUGAAGCAAAUCUCGAUGAGGUGGAAGAACGUCUCAAGCAGUACUUGCACUCAUCUCAUCCGGAUCUUUUACCUCCAGCAAUGCCUUCACCAGCGUUGACUCCAGAACCCUUACAGGAUGAUAUCUCGCAGCUCCAUGAACCAUCUGGUCUUCGUACUACCCUCAGUGUGUAUGGCAUAGACGCAGACAGAUCUCAGUGGGAUAAAUUCCUAUCUGUAUUUUGCGAUGAAAUCCAUAUCAUGUAUCCGUUUCUUCACCUGCCAUCGCUAUAUGCACACUAUAACUUGAUGUGGGAGGUGCUAAACGCAGACCGUAUACCUGGCUUGGAAGUUCCGAACGACGAAGACGAUCAAAUAUUGACUUGUCAGGUUCUUUUAUGCCUUGCUAUUGGUCGAUGUACGGCGUCACCUCGCAUAUCUCAGGAGGAUGGUCGACAUUCCGCUGGGUGGAGUCUAUACCGGGCUGCAAUGACUUUCCUGGGAGAUAUAAUGGACUGCUCUGAGGGCUGCAUAUCCCAGAUCCGUUUUUUGCAAGGAUUGCAGCUUAUUGUCAUCUAUCUAUUCCGCCUGGAUAUUAUCGGAAAAGCGGAAAGACUCCUGGCACUUGCGGUUUCUCAUGCGUAUUCUCUGCAUCUCCAUACAGCAAGCUCCGCAGUUGGCGGCAAUGAUAACCAAAAGCGUGAGAUGUGCCGACGGCUCUGGUGGUGUCUAUAUCUCCUAGACAGACGACUUGCGAUUGAGACAAGGCGACCAUUCCUGAUUCAAGAUGCAAACAUUACUGCGCCCCUACCGCAAAUCAUCCCAGAUGAUAUAUCACAAUGCGAUGAAAGUACGGCCUCUUGUGGAGAGUCCUCAAGUGCGCCUUUGCAAGCGGUGGACUCCAUCACUUUUCUUACCGCAAUGAUCACCUACUCCAAGACUCUUGGAAGAACUUGGGAGAGUAUUUAUAGUCCCAAUAGUUCCAAUUGCCGGCAAAGGGAGAUGGAAAAUCACUUGGAGGCCUUGAUUUCGCAAGCCCAGAAAGACAUACCAUCUCAAUUUGCUUACAACGCAAUGGAAGGCCCAUGUAUAAACUAUCAAGACGCAUCUUGGUGGUUGGUCAAACAACAAACACUCAUGCAAGUGCGCUGGCUCUCAUUACGUCUCAUGAUCCACACGUCGAUGUUGCAAAAAUUGAGGUCUAGCCACACGGAAAAAAUAGCCAGUUUUGAGAACGAAGUCAUCAGUAUGAGUCUUUCCAGCAAGGUGAUUGAGUUAUUUUUGCAAAUCCCGGAGCAAAAAGACAUUUUCACAUUUCCUUUCUUUCAUUACUUGAUCACUGCUGCCAUCAUAUCUCUUGGUCUCCUUAUCAAGGAACCGGCCUUCAGACUGAAGUACGGUAGUAUCACUCUUCGAGCUGUUCAGCUGCUUGAGUCCUACUGUACUCGCACUUGGGUUUCUGGCAAAACGAUCCGGAAUGUCUCAAGACUUGGCUCGAUGAUUUUUCAAGUCUUGAGACAAGGGAAUAUGGAAUAUUCACAGCUCUCGAAUGAGAGUUUGACAGAACAGUCCACUCAAUCUGAAGUUAGCAUUCAUCAGCCACAGCGAGAUGAAGGAUCAACCCAGUUUCUGUUCCAUGCACUACCAACUGAUUGGUCCAGUCUAACGCUACGAGAUUUCCAGUUUGAGCAAGGAGCUCUGCGUUUUGACGCAACAGAGGGACCAAUUCCCUCCAUGUAUGAUAAUGGUGAUAUAUCUGGACAUUUCCUGUCACAUCCUCAUGAGCCUGUGGGAGCCGAGCCAACUAUUCGAUCGGGGCACCAAACCAUUGCAGGACAGAUGGAAUGGUUAGAGGACCUGUUUGGUGAUUACUUGGAUCCUGAUUUGAUAAUUCGUCCACAAUCAUAA